CAAACAGCUAGCCACCCCGCCGCUGCAAGUGCUAACGCACCUCGAACAGCCUAGGACCACACGCCGACUUACGCCACCGGACCACAGCCUCCGCCAUGGCAGAUUGCGAGGCUUUACGCCCAGAAUUCCGUAAAACAUACCGUGGCCGCCUGCAAUUGAUCGCCGCCGAAACUGCGUUCUUAGCUAUUUUUUUUUUUUUUUUUUUGAAAAUGGAAAACUCGACGAUCGGAUGAGCGCUUUGCUUUGCUCUGUGCGGUGUUGCCCAGCGGAAGGAAAACCCCGGCUGCCCGCCCGAACCCAGCAAGGAUGGACCCUUUAUCCAUCGCCGCCUCCGUGGCCGGCCUCCUGGGCGCCGGCGCCAAACUGAUCGCCAUCAUGUCGCCCAUCGUCCACAACGGCGACGCGCCCCCGCUCUGCCGCUCCGUCCUCACCGAUCUGUGCGACGUCACCGCCAUUUUGCACCAGCUCGAGCACUUCCUCGCUGGCCGUCUGCUCGGCGGCCGGUCCGUGCCCCCCGAGCGCCGCGAACUGGUCCUUUUCGAACAGCUCGCCGCCGCCCUAACCGGCUGCGUCAUAACUAAAGACGAACUCGAAACGCUCGUCGACGACCUCGGGCUCGUUUAUAAUGGCACGGGCGUUACGGGGACAUUCGACCGCGCGCGUUGGAUGCACAAAGAGAAAGACAUUGCUCGCGUCCUGUCGCGCCUGCAGAAUCACAAAAGCUCGCUCAAUUGCAUGCUUACCAUUUUUUCAGCCGGCUCGAUCGCCGACAUCAAUAACUCCGUCGUACGGCUUUAUGCGCUCGUCGAGCAGGCUGUGGCUAGCGAUUCAACACUGUCGGCCAGGCUUGCUCGGCUUGAGGGCGCCGAUAGCAUGGUCGGGCGACCCGAUACGGAGGUCGGGACUGUGCGGGCCUGUGGGAGCGACGGUGGCGACGCGCACAGCAUCCGGACGGUGAGACAGCUGCAAUCGGGCGAUCAAAACCUACCCCACGCCGAUUUUGCGGAGGUAGGCGCGCAACUGUCCUCGCUCGCUUUUGAAUUAGAAAUGGCGCUGCAAAGCUCCAGGGUAUACCGCAGACAGCUCAUAACGUCGGACGGCCAUUCGGAAACAUCAGUUACCACCUCGACGAGGCGACGGGCCGCCGCUUCCAUUUUUUCGGCCAUCAGCCUAGCCGACAUCUCGAAUCUGUCGCAGUACUCGCUCCCGAUCCUUAUCCAAGAGGUCGGCAAUAACCGCUGGUACAUCCAGAUGGGGCGCCCAGCCAACGACCUCCCCGGCAGCGACGGCGGCGACGGCCCGGAGAGAUAUGCUGCGACGAAUGGUCGCGCCCAGAACUCGCCUCGGCGCGCCCCUGACAACCGCACCAACGGUUCUGACCAGCUGACCGCAUUCCAAGGCGAACAUUCCUCGUCCAACUCGCGUCGGAAGGAACGACAGCACUAUGCGCCUGCUCCACAUCACGGCGUUGUCCCCCAGCGUGGUGGCAGCUCCCGCGAUCCCAGGGCUUCCGGCGCGCCGACCGUGCUGCCAGUUCGGACCCACACCGGCGCCUCCACCACGGUCUCGUCGUCCAAAGACCCCUCGAGGGAGGCCAGCGAGAUUAUGCACAGCAUACUGAUCUCGCAGCCCGAGGUGGACAUCGAGAGGGAGAAGGAGCGGCUGGCUUCGGAUCAUGGCGUUGACGACGCCGCCCCGCCCCCAGUCGUCGCUCCCGCUGAGACGCGUGGCGCCCGGAGUCGACACGACCACUCGAAACGCGAGAAGCAUACCAAGUUCGGAGAGUAUAUCCUCGGUAACACCAUCGGCAAGGGCGAGUUUAGCAAGGUCAAGCUAGCCUGGAAGCAGGAAGGCGGAGUCCGGGUUGCCAUCAAGCUCAUUAAGAAGGGUGCCCAUGGCAGCAACCUAAGCCAUAUGAGCGGAAUCAUGCGCGAGGUUCAUAUUUUGAAGCACCUUACCCACCCAAACAUCGUCCGGCUCCACAGGAUGAAUGAGUCGGAAAGGCAUUACGGCAUUAUUUUGGAGUAUGCAUCCGGUGGCGACCUGUUCGACUACAUCCUGCGCAACCGGUACAUAAAGGAUCAUGCCGCGCGCCGGCUGUUUGCCCAGCUUGUAUCUGGUGUAGGCUACAUGCACAAAAAGGGAAUCGUGCACCGGGAUCUGAAGCUGGAAAACUUGCUCCUCGAUCGCAACCGCAACAUUAUUAUUACCAAUUUUGGGUUUGCUAAUACAUUCAACCCAAACGAGGAGCUGACUGAGGAGGAGGAGGAGGGCCUGUGGGAUAAGGAAUUCGUAAAAAAGAUGGGUUUGGAUAAAAUCGGGCUCGACAAUCCGAGAAAGGGCGAUUUGAUGCUAACGAAGCUCGGGAGCCCAUGCUACGCCGCCCCAGAGCUGGUCGUCACGGACUUGCUGUACACCGGUCGCAAGGUGGAUGUUUGGAGCUGCGGUGUCAUCCUAUACGCCAUGCUUGCCGGACACUUACCGUUCGACGAUGACCCUGCGAACACCGAAGGUGAUAACAUUAACCUGUUGUACAAGUACAUCGUUAGCACCCCUCUCACCUUCCCCGAAUACGUCACCCCGCACGCCAGAGACCUGCUCCGACGCAUUCUAGUGCCCAACCCGCGACGACGAGCGGACCUUGUUGAGGUGGCCCGGCACAGCUGGUUGAGCGAGUACGCCCACGUGGUCGAACUCGUCAUCAUCAGCACCACCACCCAUACCGAGAUUCGGAACUCCACGGUGCCCGCAGAAGACGCUGGAGAAAACGGCAGCGUUGUGCGGAGUGCGUCUGUCCGUGAAUCGCUGAAGAAGACCCCUGCCUCUCUGGCUGCUGGGGGGCUAGCCACGAAGCAGGGCGGGGUCCACCAAGGUGCUGGGCACGCGCGCCAGCAGGAUAAUAAGCGGAGAACCGUGCAAGUCGAGUACGUCGCGCCGACUACCCAGGCGCAGCGGGGCGAGCCGUCCAACACGCAGUCGACGCUAAAACAAACCCGGGAGGAUACUGGUGGGAACGAUGAUUGCGGCUAAAAUAGGCCCUUUUGUGCUUGAUUUCUUCAUUUUCGAUCUCUGUCGGAGGUGCAAACUGUCGGAUUGAGGGAAAGCCGGCAAAGGAAGCCAACGAUCCCACGACUAAAUACUAGCGUUGUGGGGUGAAGGCGGCCAGCAUGAGCAACGGCCCAGGCAGCGUCCUGCAAGCUUCCGGGGCGCGGCGGUCUGGGCUGUUACCACCACCACCGCAGGGAGCAUGUCCUAGUUCAGGGAAUUGAAUUGGUGGAAUAACGGGUCGACAGGACAGAGGGGAGGAGAGGGCCGCCAAUGGUGAUGGCGAGG